UAAUUCACAAGAUGUUCCCAUCUUUGCUUUUAGGGUCUUUUGUGUGUUUUUGUGAAAGGGCCUCUGCUUUCUAUAAAAGGGUCCCUCUUCAUAAUUGAAUAAUGUCUCUGUCCAUUAACAACUGCACACCUCAAUGAUAAACCUUUCUCUGUACAUAAUAGCAGCUGUAAAUGCCUCUGCCCAUACAUUUUGGAUCAAUUAUGUCUGUUUUUAUCUACAUGCAUUAGGCCUAAGUAAUUACACUGUGCCUCUUUGAGUGUGUUUUUGACCAUUACUGCAUUAUGAUGGAUUGAAAUGUGAAUUUAUUUUUGGAACAUCCAGGCAUGUCCUUCUCCCUGCUUGGUUUACAGAGCAUAUCUAAUGUGUCAGUCAGUAUACAUGUGUUGCUAUGGAGUUUUCAUGUGUUGCCCAGUCUCUUUACUCAAUACAUGUUAUCAGUUCAUCUUGACUUUAGGAUCAUAAAUGUGUCAAGACCAGGCAGAGUUGAUAUGGUCAUGUACUUUACAUCUGAGGAGGGGUACGUUUGUUUGGUAACCAGGGCUGAGGAACACAGAACACACAGCCUUACUAGCUCUACUAGGUCUUCCCAGUUCUACACAGUCUAGAUAAUCAGCUUCCCAGUUAACACCACCAGCCUUAACCUCCAACUAUGGGUGUCUACAAUCUCCUCUGUCUACUGCUCCUAACAUCUUUUUUACAGCUUCACAUUUUGACCGGAGCGUGUGUUUCCAUAGCGACUGGGUUCAUAGGCCUCCCUGCCUCUGUGUCUGUAUCGGAGAGCACCCGUCCCAGGAGUGUGGUGGUGGAGUUUCAGGUGCAGAGCUCCAGUCUUCUCCCCACAGUCAACAUCCUCUCUGUCAACCCAGAGUUAGCAGUGUUUGAGACGCCCAUCGUCAACCCUACUAACGUCUCUGGUAUCUUCAAUGUCCAGAUAGUGUUGAGCGGUUCUCUGGACUAUGAGAAGGCCAGCAUGGUGAGUGUUCGUCUGGGCCUGGUCACCUCAUCAGGCCGUGCAGAGCAGACCUUCCAUAUCAGGGUGGUGGAUGAGAACAACACGCCACAGUGUGAACCUCUGUUCCAGCUGCCUGGAGUUGAGGUUCAUGUCCCAGAGAACCUUCCUGUUCCUGUGACUCUCUACACUGUCCUGGCCUCCGACGCAGACCGCAAUGACACACUCUCUUUCUCUAUCAGUCAGGUCUUGCCCAAAUCCUCCAAAGGACAGUUCCACGUCAGUGGAGGCGGCAGCAUCAUCUCAAGCCAACCAUUUGAUUACCACACAGGGCCAAGGGAAUUGAUGCUGUCUGUGGUUGUGAGAGACAAACAGGGGGCUAACUGUACUGGGACAGUCAGGAUCAAGGUGCUGAAAGUCUACAACCCUCCUCUGGAUCUGCUUCUUGUUUCCCAGAAUGUGUCCAUCUUUGAGAACCAAGGACCUGAGGAUAUUGUAGCUAUCGUCAGAGCUAACCUCACCAUCCCUGAUGUACUCUACACUUUUGUAAAAGAUUAUCCCCAUUUCAAGAUUGGUAGAGAGGACGGUAUCAUCAGAACAGCCUAUAACCUGGACCUGGAGGCGGAGCGGGCCCUGGCCCACAGUGUUCUAUUGGUCAGAGCCUACAGCGUGGCAGUGGAAUGUUCAGCUACCGCCACUGUCACGGUCAACGUUUUGGAUGUCAAUGAGUUCCCACCCUUCUGCUCCCCCUCAGUGUUUGUGCUGGAGGUGUCAGAGACCAUUGAGGUGGGCAGCAGCCUGGGCUCACUGACCUGUGUUGACAUUGACGUCAGUAACCAGAGUGUGUCGCUCACACUCGUCAAUAACAGAUUAUCACUGCUCAAAUUCCGCGUCAAAGACGGACAGCUCCAGGUUAACAACACUCUGAACUACGACUCUGCUGAGAUGGCCACCAAUAACUUCCAGUAUGAGGCCACCAUCUUGGCUACGGACGCAGGCACCCCUCCUCUCACAUCCCAGGUGCGUGUUCUGGUCAGUGUAACCCCAGUCAAUGAACAUGAUCCAGUGUUUCAGACUUUGUUCUUCAGUGUCCCAGAGGGCACCAGGCCUGGUACGGCAGUGGGGACGGUGGUGGCCAGAGACACAGACUGGCCCUUUGGCAACAUCCGCUACUCAAUCACUACAGGAGACGCCAUGUUCACUAUUGACCCUGAGGGAGGGGAGCUGUAUCUGGGCGGAGAGCUGGACUUUGAGGAGCAGCAGGUGUAUGUAGUGGGGGUUCAGGCUGAGGAUUAUGAGCAGGAUAUGGACCGUACCAACCGCAAGAGAAGAACAGUGGACAUCACCGUACAAGUGGAGAAUGUGAAUGAUAAUGCUCCAGUGUGUGACCCAAUCUCCUAUGAGUCCACCAUCUUCUCCACCUUGUCUAAUAAACUCCCCAUCCUCUCACUCAGCUGCGCUGAUGCAGACAGCGACAGACUAACAGCUACCAUCACUAAUGGUGCUGCAGUGGACCGGUUUCUGAUGACCGGGUUGAGUCUCGUCUCCAAAAAUGUGUUCUCCUACGUGGUGGAUGGGGUUUAUGACCGCACCAUGUUUGAAGUCACCAUCUCUGUGUCGGAUGGCAGGCAUCACACUGAGGCUGUGGCCUACAUCUACGUAGUUCCCUGGACCACUACUGUUCCUACUACUACUACUACCACUACAGCUAAACCUCCACACGUGGUCACAGUGAUGUCAGACUACUGGGAUCCAGAGCCUUGGUUUGUUGCUGUGGUGACGGUUACCGGCAUCCUGCUCUUGCUGGUCACAAGUCUGCUCAUCAGGGCCAUUCUGAGCCGCGUCUAUGGUUGGGGACCAAAAGAUGAGCCUGAACCUCCAUCAAAUAAGACGGAAGAGAUCGGCAAAAUGAACACAGAAGUGAGUCAAAAUGGGGCCAGUGAAAAUGACCAGGCUUCACUAGAUGGCACCCUCCGUCUGUCUAAAGUCAGCAUACAAGACGACCUGCUGAGGUUUGAUGGGAAGGCACAAGAUCCAGUUUCAGGGCGCAGUUACCUGUUCAACUCUUCCAGUGGUGAACGGCGUUGGUUGUAGGGGACGUCCAGUCUUACCAUCAACGACCUGCACUGAUUUAUGUGCUGUUUAUACCAUCUGUAGCUGAAGAGGAUUCAUAUGAUGUGGAUUCAUAUGAUAUGGAUUCAUAUGAUGUGUGCAAUCAGGCAUUUUAGCAUAAUUGUGAUUUCAAUUACAGCUCCAUUUGAAGUUUGUAAGAGUGAUAUUGUAAAAGGUACUAUUUAAUACAUAAUCGUGUUGGAGGCUACUCCUUAAUUACUAUUCCUGUGUGUGUACUCAUGUAGUUCAGCAUCAACAACAGUAUACCUUAUAUAUACAAACGUUUGUGGACACCCCU